GUUCUGUUCUUUCACUGCUCCAUCCGGGAACUUUAGAAUUAGCAUUGACAGCCGAAGCGCAACUUUUCUCCAGGCAAAGUGAAAUCAAGCCGCGGACUCGGACAAAAUCUAGUCCCCCUUUUUCAACUCGAAAUUAUCGAAAGAAGCGGCACGCCACGAUUUGGUCGGAUGUAUCGAUAUUCGGACGUAUUUGGGAUGUAACUGACCGAGGUCCUGGCUCUUUCCGCUGUGUUUGGACCACUUUUUUCGACGGGCGUAAAGUGGGUGAUGAGUCCUACCCUGUAAAGAAGCGAGAACUUGCUUUUGCAGCCCCGAGUAGUUCUUCUUUCAAUUGUUAUUGCCGCUUUAAAAAAAUCUUUAAUUCACUUAAACUUCGUACGCAUCGCGUCGAAAGUGGGAGAAAAGUGCUUUUGAAGUCGGACCAUGGAACUACAAGGCCUACAAGAGGCGCUGAAAGUAGAGAUCCAAUGCCAUCAGGACGGAGAGCUUAAGAAACAGCUGCACGACAGACACCCCAGAAUAACAAGCCUAAGCGAGAAACAAAAGCUGGCAGUGCGGUCCUGUCCGGUAGGGACGACCAAGCCCCUCUCGCUCGUCAAACCGGCCAACCAACAGCAGCAGCAGCAGCAGCAGCAGCAGCAGCAGCAGCAGCAGCAGCAGAGCAUAGCCAUCUCAGUGCUGCCUGCCAAGGCCCCCGUCUCCAUGGUUACCGCACACAUUAACGGACAAAAGGCGGCGGCGGCGGCGGUAGCGAACUCGGAGCCCCCAGUGCAGACGUCCCCCAUCAACCUCCAGACGGCGGGCAGGGGGGUCGUGAUGACGACCAGCCCCGGGAUCCACGCCUUGAGUCGGAGGGCGGGGGAGCUGGCCCACGCACAGAUGCUUGGAGCACUGACAACAUCGCCCAUCAAGGUGCCUCAAGUGAGCUCUCUGCACAGGCUGGCAGGACAAGCACCAACAGUGAUACCUCAGGUCAGGCCAAAGACCCAGAUCCCUGACAGCCUGCCCCACACCCCCUGCCAGGACCUCCAGCCCCUCAGCCUGCAGAAGGCCACCACCCUGUCGGGCCCCCGCAGCAAGGGCCCCGCCCUGCCCACCGCCAACUGCACCUUCAGCCCCGAGCACCGGUCCAACGGCGGCCAGGGAGACCCCUCGGCCCCCUCGGCUCCUCCUCCUCCUCCUGCCCAGGACCUGUCCUCGGGGGGGGGUCAGGACUCCAGCGGCGUCCCACCGAAGGCCAGCACCCCCGUGGGGCCCGGGGUGGCUAACGGCAUGGCGGCCGUCGGAGAGGCGCUGGUCAAAGUGCAGCCGCUGCUGUUCAGCGCAGACAGCAAGGUCAUAAUCCUCCAGUCCCAGGCCCCCAGCCGCUCCCCACGGGCCCAGGCCAGCACGCCGUCCCUGGGGGGCAGCCCGGCCCGGUCGCCCCCCACCACCCCCACCCCCGCCGCCCCCAAGAAGGACGAAGAAGACCCAGAGAAAAUUGCCUUCAUGGUUGCCCUCGGCCUAGUCACCACGGACUACUUGGAAGAGCUCCAGACCAAGAGACAGGAGAGGAAGAGGCGGAGCACAGCCAACCCAGCGUACAGCGGCCUGUUUGAGCCCGAGCGCAAACGACUUGCAUCAAACUACCUGAACAACCCCCUUUUCAUGUCACAAGACACAGAGGAUCUCUGCUGGAAGGAGGACUUGGAGCACGACGAGCACUGCUCCGUCUGCAAGGAGGAGGGUGAGCUCCAGCCCUGUCACAACUGCACCCGCGCCUACCACCCCGACUGCCUGCAGCCCCCCCUCAAAACCCCCCCGCGGGCCGCCUGGUACUGCCCCAAGUGCCAGAAGAAGGUUCUUAACAAGGAGAACAUGUCCUGGCCGCAGAACUUUGUCCAGUCCUACGUGACACACAAGACAGUGAGGCAGGAGGAGAAGAGGAGGCUUCUGAGGAGGAACACUGAGCUGAAGAAGGAGUGCGCUCACCUGGAGGAGCAGGACAAGAUGCUGAACAAGUCCCUCGAGCAGUGCAUGGACGUGCGGGAGCGCCUGCUGGGCCAGCAGCGCAGCACCCAGGCCUCCCUGGAGCGGGUCAAGGCCCUGAUCCGCCUCAUCCAGCGGGACCAGGUCCUCCAGGUCACCAUGACCGCCACCACCACCGCCAAGGCCCCCCUGCUCUCGCUGCCCUGGAUCAAGCCGGCCAGCGCCACCAGCACCACCACCAGCACCACCAGCAGCGGCGGCGGCGUCAGCGCCAACGCCGCCAUCACCCUGGGCCCGGCCACCGCCACCGCCAUCGCCUCGAUCCCCGUCGGACCCUCGGCACUGCUCCAGAGGGGCCAGGCCCAGGGCAACAACUAG